AUGUCAGAAGUCAAGGUUGCGAGCUCAAACGGCAUCCCUCCUCCAAGUUUCGACUUGCCAUUACCUGACAGACCAGACAUCAUCACAGCCAACAUUCAGAAGCUGAUCGAGCAAACGCCCAAUCCACGACACAGGUUCAUCUUCAAGACCCUGGUCAAGCAUCUACACCAGUUCGUCAAUGAGACCAGUCUGACCACAGAUGAAUGGAUGGCAGCGAUCGAUUUCUUGACGCGCACCGGACAAAAGUGCACACCACUGCGUCAAGAAACAAUUCUGUUAUCAGAUAUCCUAGGUGUUUCUGCUCUCGUCGACUCGUUAAAUAACCCCGUUGCGGGAGGAGCAACUGAAAACAGCGUCCUGGGUCCAUUCUUCACGGAGGAUGCUGCAGAUGUCGAAUUUGGUGAAUCCAUCGCAUCUGAAGGAAAAGGAGAUUACAUGUACGUUGAAGGUCGGAUUUUGACGACGGAAGGGCAACCAAUCCCUAAUGCCAUCAUCGACACUUGGGAAACCGAUGCCGAUGGAUUCUAUGACACGCAAUAUGCAGACCGCUCGCAUCCCGACUGCAGAGGUCGCCUACGCUCUGAUGAUGAUGGCAGAUUUGGCUAUCGCGCUGUUGUGCCGAUAGCGUACCCAGUUCCUGGAGACGGUCCUGUUGGCGAACUUCUUUGCCUUCUUGGUAGGCACAACAUGCGGCCAAACCACUUACACAUGAUGGUCGAAGCCCCUGGUUUCCACAAGCUCGUCACGGCAUUGUAUCCGGAGGGUUGCGACUACCUGAGAAGCGACUGUGUCUUCGGUGUCAAGAAAUCCUUGGUAGUGAGCUUGAAGGACAUUGUAGACGACGAGGAAGCUCGUAAACGCGGAUUUCCUCGCGGUGGCUCAUUCAAGUUAUUGCAAUAUGACAUUAUAUUGCUCACGGAAGAGCAAUCUGCAGCGAUACGUACUCGCGUUGAAGAGGAACGCGGCGUAAUUACGGGGGAUGAAAAGUACUGA